UUACCACCUACGUAAACGAGUCCCCUAAUUCUGCGUAGUGGUUUUGGAGAUCGCAACAAUAUUCUUCGAAGUUGGCAAGAGUCAAGAAAUGUCACUUCUUCAUUAGUGGCCCAGAUACUACUAAACUUUCCGUACAGUCUUGUCCUGUUAUCGAGGGUCAAUAUGCGUUUCAUCGAAGAGCUUAUCAUUCUGGUGAUAUGUGCGGGAACGUUGACAGCAGCUUCUUGUACUAUCAACCAAUCUGUGAAAAAUGAAACCGAACGAGCGAGACAGCAGCAGCUCAUGCAGACUCUUGACCCCAUAGUCGGGAAAAAGUCUCAGCAGUUGAGAACUUUGAAUGGCUAUCUGUAUGACUUUGUGGUUUGUGGAGAUGUAGAUGAAAAGCACACUGGAGUUAGCAUCAUCCAAACUUCACCCAGCAAGCAAACCAAAGUACUAGGCUACAAUAACCAAACAUUAGUAUCUAGUAAAGGAAGCUGGUUGAUGUUAACUUUGCAGGGUGGCGAUAGUUACAACAAUACCUGUAAUAAUUCUCUUCGUGAAGCCCACAUCAUGUUUGUGUGUGACCCUUUUCAGAAGGAGGUCCAAAUCCAGGCAAUUCAGGAGCUGACUGAUGCAAGCUGUUACUUGCAAUUUGUUGUACCACACAAAAUUGUUUGCCCAAAAGCUCCUGAUGAGGGUUUAAGUGGCGGUGCGAUAUUUUUCAUCUUGUUAUUUGUCACCUUUGGAGCAUACUUCGUUUUUGGCUUCUGUUACCUUCGGCUGGUUAAGGGAGCCAAGGGUAUUGAGCAGAUCCCCAAUAUAGAAUUCUGGUUCAGAGUUGGCAACAUAUUGGCUGAUGGAUGUGGUGCAAUAUGCAGAUGUGACCAGUAUUGCAGAAGUGCAGGUGCAAGUGCGAGCACCCCUAGUACAUACAAUGGUUAUUCACCCAUUGAAGAAAGACUGGCAAGAGAUCUACAAGACACUGAUAGAGAUUCAGCUCUUUUGUCUCCCUAAUAUCCUUGGACAAUUGCAUUGAUAGGUUUUGAUCAUAUGUGCAGAAUUGAGAAAAGAUUAACAGAAUAUUAAGAGCCUUGAGUAGUUUUUAAAAAGAGCAAACCAUGGAAAAAAAGAUAUUUUUGUUGUGAAUGACUGUUUUGGAUUCAAAUGCAAGUGGUUUGAAUAGCUUAUGCAGUUUUAUAGAACUGCUAGUACAUAAAGUUGAUGCAUUCAUAUUUGUACAACAGAACUGUGGUGCUGUGAUUUGUGAGUCUUAGUAAGUCUGUAAGAUUGAGGAUUUUGACAAUGAAUUUUCUAGUUACUUAAAUAUGCGAAUUUGCUGCUUUAAUGUGUGCCUUUUUGAUGAUCUUGUAAUGAUUCAGUUUCUCUACUAGAUUCACAGUAUGUAGUUUGUAUAUUUUAAAUAAUAUAUAUUUCAUGGUGAUCAUAAAACACCAACUAAGGUUUGAAAGGCAUUAAAAUUUUAGUUUUAUAAAUUAUGGUCUGUAAUGUAAUGUAGGUUUUCCCAUUUUGUUUCCUGUUGAAUAUGAAAGAAAUGACGAUUACCGGAUACUAUAUAGUUUUUAAUACUCUAUGCAUACGAACCUUAUCAUACUUCAGUUGUAUUAAGCACAUUAAUUUAUACGUACUACCAUGCUUUAAUUUUUUCAUGCAUUUCCUUUUUGCUGUUUGAAGGGCAUUAUUAUGUAACAGAGAAUUGAAGAGUAUACACUUAACCAAAAAAAUUUCCAUAUUGUACCAGGCUGAGAUAUUUACAAUAAUUUUCUUGAAUAGCAAAAUUGUAAGUGCAUACUGACACCCUGAUUUAAAAGAUUUUAAUGCACACUUAACACACACUUCAAGUAAAAUGAAGUUACUUUUUUUUAAAUUUUUAAGCAGUGCUUCAAGAAUUCUUUUUUUGUUACUUUUGUAAACAGUGCUUCAAGAAUUAUUGCCAAAUUUCAUGGGUUUAAUCCAUACAGAUAGUGGUAAAACGAAGAGAAACUUAAUUAUAUCAAGACCAAAAAUACUUUUAGUCUAUAUGAGUGCAAUAUUCAAGGAUAUACAAAACAUGAUGGAAGUGUUAAAUUAAUUUAUCUACUAGGUUUCAAAAACAUAAAUUUAAUUAUAUGUAAAUAUAAUUUUUAUAUGUUGAAACUAGUCAGUGUGGGUAUAAAUAAAUGUGUUAAUGUAUUGUGCUAAUUUUGAUAUCUAAUUUUCUUAUACAGCUGUUGUAUAUACGUAUAUAUCGAUAGGAAAUUUCCAUUGUGUUAUACUUUUUUUAGCAUUGGUAACUGCAUAGCUGCACUCUGAAACUGGUUUGACACCAUUGCAUUAGCUUACUCAGAUGAAUAAUUCAAGAAAGAGUAAACUGUCAGAACAAUAACCUUGGUUUCUUUUUUGCAUGCUAUACUGUUCCCUCUUGUUGAUGUUUCUUGCUUUUGUCUUUGACUAUGAUAUGCACCAAUUGUUUCACUAUUGGUUGAUGUUUCUUGCUUUGGUCUUUGACUAUGACAUGCACCAAUUGUUUCACUAUGAUUUCACUCUGUUGGAUACAUUUUUUAUAAGGUAGCAGUUAUUGUAUAAUGAGGUAACUGUGAGUUUUGUGAAACUAUAAAUUUAGUCUUGAUGGUGAAUAUAGCAUGACAGUGUGAGACAAAAUAUUUAUUGCAUAAUCUCAUUGUUUGCAAGAUCUGCGUUAUGUAUCUGGUUAAGUGUACUUCAGUAUGCUAGAAGGGAUUUUCUCCCCAUGUCCAGAAGGUAGGCUAGUAACUGAUUUUUAAGUGUACUUUUGUAUACUAAAGUGGUUUCAUUUUCAUAUCUAGAAGGUAGGCAAACAUGAAUUUUUACAAUGUUAUUUUUUCUACAUGUGUGUAUGUCCAAAUGAAAAGUAAAAUUGAUAGCCACACUUGAUGUAAUACACCAUCGGUAUUUUUAUACUGAUCUAAUUAUUCAUAUGCAAUUACUGAACAUGACUACUUCAUUGUAAAAGUUACAUUUUUGCUUGACUGGUUUUUGUUAAGUGUUGAAAGCAUCUGCACAAGUAUCAAGUAUUUAAGGUUAACUUAGUUUAUAGCAACCCAUAUUAUUGGUACUGAGAUUCUCUUUAUUUAAAUUUUAUCCCUUGAGUAAAAAUACUGAUGAAGCAUUUUCAAGGCAUUUGAAAAAACUUUGUUUUAUGGAUAGUAACAUUUUUAAAAUUUAAUUUUGAUCAUAAAAUACUGAAUAACAUGUUAAUAGCUUGGAUACCAGUAGUAUUUCAAUUUCUUGGUAUGCAUCAUCAUUCAUAAGCUGUAUAUUUUUGAGCUUAGGCCAGUCAAGUUUGUUACAGGAUGAUUUUGUAUGUAUUUGCACUUAAUAGUUCCAGAGUAUAGAUGUUAUAUUUUAUGACUGAUAUCUUAAAAGGAUUUCCUAAUUGCACUGUGAUAAUGUCAUGACUGGACUGCAGUUUCAGCUCUUGUAUCAGGUUGUUUACUUCCUAUGCUUAUUGUCAUUUUUCCCAUCUAGCUGGAAUAAUUAAACUAUUUUUGUUCA